AAAAACUAUUUUAUCGUAUGUGUAUUUUUUUCUAAACGGACCCGCCCUCGGCAAAAUCCUGACUACGACACGGAAUAAAAAGAACCAAAAUGCACAAGGAAACAUGUACUUGCAACAAAAAUGAGUAGUUAUCAUGUAACUACACAUACAUAUUGUUAGUAAGUCUAAUUACCACUAAUUUGGUAGAUGAUAUUAGAAUAUGAUUGUAGUAUCAUGUCAGUGUGCAACCGAACAGAAAUUGGGAUAUUAGGAUAUUAGAAUUUGUGACGCUAAUGCAGAGUUUUAAAAUCUCCCUAUUCAUCAUUUGUUAAAAUAUCAAAAGUGUCUUUUCUUGGCUUGACUUUCUCACAGAACAGAAUUUCUGGCAGCAAGCAAGCUAACAGCUAGAGACUAGAGAGGAAUUAUUUUGGUUUGAAGUAGGGGAAGUAGCAAAGAUAAUUAAGAUACCCCUCUGCCGGCCGUCUUGUCACUGAGCCGAUCGAUCAAACUCCAUGGUAGCUAGCUAGCUGUAACAGAUGGAGUCAUGCAUUCUUCAUGCAAACAGAAGCAGUUCCCCAAAUUUCAUCAUCAUCAUGGAAAGAUGGAUGAGGUUGAGAAGCAGCUACAAUAUAACUCUCACGGUGCCACUCAUCAUCAUCCUCCACAUGAUUACUCAUACCACCCAACAAUUGACGUUCAUGUACAUUUGCAACAAGGAGAAGUUCGACGACGGCGACCUCCGGCUGCCGUGCGCCUACAGUCUCUUAGAAAUUCUGUCUCUUUAUAGAAUCGAGGGUGGGAUGCCCGGAAAGCAGGAAUGCGCCGGCCCGGACUCGGGUGUCUACGGUUACGUGUGGGUCGAUGUGACAAGAAGAGACGCGGAUAUUACUGAUUAUGUCUCCCUAGCUGAGGCUGUUCUCAAGAACAAUUGCCCUAACCGCAAAGGAGCCCAAGUAAACGAAACCACUGGGAUUUGUCGAGUGAGGUAUGAGCUCUAUUCCUUCACCAUCGCCGGAACUACUACUUGAAGGAGCUCGCCGGCCGGUCGGCCGGAAGAAGAAUCAUCCUAAGACUACCAAACACAAUUCGCCAACUCUUUAGCCCCUACUUAAACAAAUUUCAUUUGAUCGAUCGGCACCUACACUUGGUUUGUGAUCCAAUAUAUAUUUUACUUAGUUAGCUAUGACCCUAGCUUCUUGUUUCCCGCUAAAAGGUUGCGGUAAUGAUCAUGUUAUAACCACCGUUAUGCUAUAAUAAGUAUCCAACUAGAAGUAGGCGACGAGUAAUUGAGUUUAUAAUUGAUUUGUCUGUGAAGAUCGUGCAUUGCAUGGCAGGCUAUAGCCAACUUUUUUCGUCCCGUGCGACCUGAAAUUAAGCAGCCAACCACUUUAUAAUUAUUAAUUAGGAAUUAGGAUCACUGCAUGAACAGAGACUCUUCCUGCUCCGUGAUUGCCGCAUCAAUAAUAUAUACUCCAUCUGGCCGACCGCCUCGAUUCAAACUCUUUCUUCCUCAAACGUAUGAUCGGGUUAUGCGGUGUGAAUGCAUGAAAAGAGGAAGAAAAAUAGGUUCUCUCAUCGAUCGAUAAGGUUCAUAUAUGAUCUAAACCCUGAAUUAGUGAAUUCCCUUUGCCCAUGUUCACACAUACAAUAAGUUCUUUAUCUGGUUUGUAAUGCUAAUUAAGCAAAAGCAGGCAUGGCGGGGCGAAUGAUGCCGAAUUGGUACAAGGCAUGCAUGAGAGCGAUUUGUUCAUUUGGUUCGCUUUUCAUAGCAUAUAUAUAACAGAGUUUAAGAAGAUGUUCGUUUAGGUAUCUAAGCAUUUCAUGACAUGUUAGACUCUAGAUUAUGCAUAAAUUGGUCAGGAAAAAGGCAAAGCAAAGCCAUCGACAUAAAAAAUGACCUUAUUUAUCCUCACUACGGGAAAAAUGGCUUUUGGCAACACUUCAAAUGUGUUGUAAAAAGUGCUCAAAGUGUUGCAUAUGUAAUAUGCAACACUUUUACUAGUGUCCUCUAUAGGUGGUGUUGUAUAAAGUAAUAGGUAACAUUUUUCUUACUUUUGGUAACAAAAAAAUAAGUGUUGUAUAUAUAUACCGCUUAUACAACACUAUUUUAGACAACACUUAAAAUAAAUUACGCAACACAUUUUUACGAGUAUAACCGACACAUGUAUAUACUUUAUUAGUGACGAGUUUGAUCGUCAUAUAAGAUGUACCCAAUGGUGACAAUAUACUUUUGUAACAAAUAUUAUACAUUUGUGAUGACUUCAUGUGGACAUCGAUGUAUUUCAACGGCUACCACUUUAAAUUGUCACAAAUGUGCCAUUUUCAUACUGUAUUUUGUCACAAAAUAGGGUUUUGUGAUGGUAUUGUAGUCACAAUAUCAUGUUUCUGUGACAAAGAUAUUGUUACUAUUGCAACAACAUUAAUGAUGAACUCUUUUUUUACACAAAUAUUAUGCUUUUGAAUAUAGUAUAUUUAUUACAAUAAAGAGGAUUUGAGUUAUCACAAAUAGUUACUAUUAUUUGUGACCACAAUAUUGUCAUAUAUACCGCUCGGACCAUUGACCAAGAACUACACUAAAAAAACAUACACAUCAUAUACUUCAUAUUUCCAUUCCUCCCCUAUUUACUUUGCAAAACCAAUACAAGAAAACAAAAACAAAAUACACAAUGAAUAUGCCAAGAUUAACCUUACGUAGAUUAACUUUUCCUAUAGUUGUGAUUCAUAAUCAAUCACAGAUUUGAUGAAGACCAUGCCCUGCUUAUGAUAUCUUCAUCCAUAAGAAAUCAUGCUUUUGAGU